AUGCGUGCAAACUAUGCUCAAGGUGUUGAUGUUUAUUACCAAAAAAGCGGAUCUACAUACCGAAAUCUUCACUUUCAUGCCUUAAGGCCUUUAACCAUGGAUUGCUUGAGCCGUUUCUGGGAUCACGAUGAAAAGACUCGUAACUUGGGAUUUCAUAUUGUUGACUUGGCUUGCGGUAGUGGAGAAAUAACUCAGGUGGUUCGAGAAUGGGAAUCUUUAGGAAAGAAAACUCUUUCCGAAGGUGUUGCUUCUAGGACGAGAAGAAAACUAUCUGUCCGUCAGAUUCCUUCCAACUUUCCACCGAUCGAAAUUGUAGCGGCGGACCCCUACACUGGAGAAGCUUAUAAGCAAAAUGUUGGAGUUUCGUGCCUUAAUUUGAAUUUCCAGGAUAUUGCUGAUGGGAAGCUACCUCCUUCAAAAGCCGAAGAUGGAAUUUACGAUCUGGUCAUUUGCUCGUUUGCUUUACACUUACUGACCGAUCCAUCAAAAUUGUUCGCUACAUGCUAUGCUUUGGCAGCUCAGUGCAGAUGGCUUCUUAUUGUUGGCCCUCACAAGCAACCGAUGUUAAAACCGGAAUGGGGUUGGAUACCUUGGAACAUAGAAACUUGGCUUCCACUGGUUUAUGGCGUUAACCAUGACCAUGUUAUAGAACGUGUACAUGGUCGUUUUUUUCAGAGUAUGUACUUUCUGUAA